AUGGCACGCUCGCACCAGCAGCUGCCUGUGGUGCGUCAAUUGCGGCGGCCAUUUGGCACCGUGCUUGGAGCCGCACUCUCUUCACUGCUGGUGCUGGUUGGAACUGGAACCAGUUUUGUUUCACAAAGAGGCUCCAUCUCACUCUCUCGCAGCCGGAUUGGUCACUUCUCCGUGCUUGCCGCAUCACCCGCACCGCUUGGUCUCGGGACCUUUUUUCGCCGUGCCGAGGCGGCUCCAAGCUCUGGCCCCGGCGGGUUUGGCCUCGGCCUUGGCUUCGCUGGCGUGCUGGCCGGGAGGAUCCUGCAGCGACGCGGCUCCCAGGUCGCGAGAAAGGGUCAGAGCGAUGUUUCGAUGAUUGAUUUCCGGGUUGGCGAGAUAAAGAGCUGCGAGAAGCACCCAGACUCCGACAAGCUGUUGGUGGAGCAAAUUGACGUGGGAGAAGAGGCUCCGCGGCAGAUUUGUUCCGGCAUCGGCAAGUUUCUCGCGCCAGACCAAGUUGUUGGGAAGAAGGUUGUGAUCGUGUCCAACUUGAAGGCCCGCAAGAUGGCCGGAACGGCCUCAGAGGGCAUGUUGCUCUGCGCUUCGAAGAAAGCAGAUCCUGAGGAUGCGGAGUCGGAGCUGGCAGAGCUCACACUCGUGGAGGCUCCUGAGGAGGCCGAGGUCGGUGAACGAGUUGUUGUCGAGAUGCCCGAUGAGGAGCACGGGCAGGCAGCCACACCCAACAAGGUUGGAAAGAAGAAGCUAUACGAGAAGGUCGCUCCAGAUCUCAGAACAAACAAAGACGGCACUGUGUGCUUCAAAGACUCGCCCUUCAUGACCAGUGCUGGCCCAUGUACUGCCAAGGAUCUCCCGGAGGCGGUUGUGUCCUGA